ACCGCAAUAGGAGAAACGAAUAUGGCGACCCCUCCAUCUCCGCGGGAAUAUUACCCCGCUAUAGUGUGUGCUCCCGGCUCCGUUUCCCUAUUCCUUAGUCCAUGGUUGACCUUGGCCGACCGGUAAUAAUCUGUCUCGGAUAUUUUAUUCAGGCCACGUCAAACGCGUUAAUUUAAAAGAUGGUGGAAAUCGAAUCAAUGACAAGAUAUGUAUCACCCGUGAAUCCGGCUGUCUUUCCACUGCUGGCGGUGGUACUACUAGGGAUUGGAAUAUUCUUUACUGCUUGGUUCUUUGUAUACGAGGUCACAAGUACCAAAUUCACACGAGACAUAUUCAAAGAACUCUUAAUCUCCUUAGUCGCUGCGAUAUUUUCUGGUUUUGGAGUAUUGUUCCUACUGCUCUGGGUUGGGAUUUAUGUAUAGAAAAUCUAUUAUUACAGGUUAAAUUGAGAAAUUUCAGUGUAUUUGUUUUAGCUUAAGUUAACUGAUGAAAGAGAAAACAAGUACACUUGAUGGCGUUUAAGUAAAACUACAAAAAACAUUUUUAAGCUUUAUUACCAUACUAUAGUUGAAUAAACACAUCUGAGUAUUUUGUA